ACCAACUUCACCAAGAGAGAGCUACAGAUCCUCUACCGCGGCUUCAAGAACGUACUCACAGCCUCCUCCCUCCUCCUCCCUUCCACUGCCUGUCUAUCUUCAUCUUAUUUUCCUCUCUCUUUCUUUACUCUGCUAUCUCUCUCCCUGCCACUCUUAUGUAUACUCCUGCUUAUGUUGAUUCACAUCUUUACAGGUGUUUGUCAAAGCUCUGUUCUCUUUCAUCUCUGACUUAGAUAUGUAAAUGCGUUUAGCUUUGUGCCUUCAUCACUUCAUAUGGUGCUAAUCAGAUUGUACGGCCUGCAGCUAGAACAACUAAACCUGUCAUACACCAUAACAACAAUUACAUGCUAUAUUACCCAUAUAAACCAAACAUGGAGAAAAUUAUUAUAUAUAUAAUUUUUACAUUUUAGUAAUUUAGCAGAUGCUCUUAUCCAGAGCGACUUACAGGAGCAAUUAGGGUUAAUCCCCCACCUAGUCGGCUCGGGGAUUAGAACCAGAGACCUUUCGGUUACUGGCACAACGCUCUUAACCACUAAGCUACCUGCCACCCAAUAUAUAUAAACAUAUAUUCUCUACAUACACACAUGCUCAAAUACCCACCCACACAUUCACAUACACCCAUAUAGAAGUUAUAUGGAAAUUGCUAGUUAAUUGCCAGUUAAUUAGCUGUCAGAUUUGAUUGACGUUAAUUCUCUGUAACCGUGGGUGGUGCCAUUCGAGUGUAAAUUAUUGGUUGAUCUGGCUGUUACCCAGAAGAAGCUGCAUAACUUUUCCUUGAAAUAGUGUUUUCACAUGGUUUCAACAGGAGUGUCCGAGUGGAGUGGUGAAUGAAGAAACAUUUAAACACAUCUAUGCCCAGUUCUUUCCCCAUGGAGGUACAGUACAGCCAGAUACUUCUCAUUUAGACACAUAACAUGCCCUUUCUUACUUGUUUGGGACUCAUUUACAAGCACUGCUAUGGGAUCAUAAAAUCUCAUGUCUUUAUCUGGUUGUUUUGCAGAUGCCAGCACUUACGCUCAUUAUCUCUUCAAUGCGUUUGACACAACAAACAAUGGAUCCAUUAAGUUUGAGGUACAAACCAUACACCAUCACUAUCACUCAGUGGACAGUUUAAAUCAGGGGAGGCAACUAGAUUCAGCCGUGGGAAGAUUUUUGUUGGAGCGGAUGGUCGGGAGUCCAGAACAUAAUGAUAAUAAUUUGUACACUGUAAAUUGACCACAACUAAGCCCAAAAAGAGAUUGUAUUUGAAAAUAACAAUAAUUCCAUACCCUGAUUACAUUGAGAUACUAUCACCUUUGAAUAUAUAUAUAUAUUUUUUUUGUGGGAAUACUUGGGAACAGAUUUCCUAAAUUAAACUCUUUUUUUUCCUGAAUUCCUGGUGAUUUUAGUCCCCCCCCCCCCCAAAAAAAAAAUAAACACAUGUUUUUUUAUUCUUUACUAAAAACUUUGGGGUGCCAUAAGAAACCUGUUGCCGACCACUGCUUUAAAUGAAGGAAUAUGAAGAAUUAUGUAUAUCUUAUUUAUACUAGUGUUAUCACUCAGUCCUCACUAAGUAUUUUCUCUUUAUUCUCACUCAUGUGGUGACUCUCUCAGGAGUUUGUAAUGGGACUGUCUACACUGCUGCGGGGCACUAUGAGAGAGAAGCUGGAGUGGACUUUUCAUCUUUACGACAUCAACAACGAUGGCUACAUUAACAGAGAGGUCUCUGUGUUUUUUUUUUACAUGUCAGUUAUACACUGCUCAAAAAAAUAAAGGGAACACUUAAACAACACAAUGUAACUCCAAGUCAAUCACACUUCUGUGAAAUCAAACUGUCCACUUAGUAAGCAACACUGGUUGACAAUAAAUAUCACAUGCUGUUGUGCAAAUGGAAUAGACAACAGGUGGAAAUUAUAGGCAAUUAGCAAGACACCCCCAAUAAAGGACUGGUUUUGCAGCUGGUGACCACAGACCACCUCUCAGUUCCUAUGCUUGGUGGUUGAUGUUUUGGUCACUUUUGAAUGCUGGCGGUGCUUUCACUCUAGUGGUAGCAUGAGACGGAGUCUACAACCCACACAAGUGGCUCAGGUAGUGCAGCUCAUCCAGGAUGGCACAUCAAUGCGAGCUGUGGCAAGAAGGUUUGCUGUGUCUGUCAGCGUAGUGUCCAGAGCAUGGAGGCGCUACCAGGAGACAGGCCAGUACAUCAGGAGACGUGGAGGAGGCCGUAGGAGGGCAACAACCCAGCAGCAGGACUGCUACCUCCGCCUUUGUGCAAGGAGGAGCAGAAGGAGCACUGCCAGAGCCCUGCAAAAUGACCUCCAGCAGGCCACAAAUGUGCAUGUGUCUGCUCAAAUGGUCAGAAACAGACUCCAUGAGGGUGGUAUGAGGGCCCGACGUCCACCACAGGUGGGGGUUGUGCUUACAGCCCAACACCGUGCAGGACGUUUGGCAUUUGCCAGAGAACACCAAGAUUGGCAAAUUCGCCACUGGCGCCCUGUGCUCUUCACAGAUGAAAGCAGGUUCACACUGAGCACAUGUGACAGACGUGACAGAGUCUGGAGACACCGUGGAGAACGUUCUUCUGCCUGCAACAUCCUCCAGCAUGACCGGUUUGGCGGUGGGUCAGUCAUGGUGUGGGGUGGCAUUUAUUUGGGGGGCCGCACAGCCCUCCAUGUGCUCGCCAGAGGUAGCCUGACUGCCAUUAGGUACCGAGAUGAGAACCUCAGACCCCUUGUGAGACCAUAUGCUGGUGCGGUUGGCCCUGGGUUCCUCCUAAUGCAAGACAAUGCUAGACCUCAUGUGGCUGGAGUGUGUCAGCAGUUCCUGCAAGUGGAAGGCAUUGAUGCACAUCUGGGACAUCAUGUCUCGCUCCAUCCACCAACGCCAAGUUGUGAUUUUCUGGAUUUUAUUUUCUCAUUUUGUCUGUCAUAGUUGACGUGUACCUAUGAUGAAAAUUACAGGCCUCUCUCAUCUUUUUAAGUGGGAGAACUUGCACAAUUGGUGGCUGACUAAAUACUUUUUUCCCCCACUGUAUAUUGAAAGAUUCACGUAUUGAAAGAUUCACAUAUGAUGCAAUCUUGUAUUAAUACAGUUUGUAUUUCUGUGUUUCAGGAGAUGACUGAGAUUGUGAGGGCCAUUUACGACAUGAUGGGGAAAUAUACCUACCCUGCACUCAAGGGAGAUGUCCCUAAACAGCAUGUGGAUGCUUUUUUCCAGGUGACUUUACCUGACAUCCUAUAGUACAAUGUAAUACCAAAGCAGAUGCUUACUCUACCCCUUAGUAGGGCACAACAGUUUACACCACAUAAUCAUUUCAUACUUCCUGAAAAAUCAUGUACAUUUCUCUCACUUUUUUCCUUCCCACAGAAAAUGGAUAAAAACAAAGAUGGAGUUGUGACUUUAGAGGAGUUCAUU